CAGACACAAAACUAGUGCACUUAAGCUAAAAAAGUCCGUGGCUUUUGAGAGCUAAACCUGAAGCUGAACGAAACCUGAAUCGAACCCUGAAGGCAACCAAAACAAUCAUAAUUUGCAAUUGAGACAGAGAGUUCUUUUUUCAUCUUAGCUUGUUGACUCCUGUUUAACAAUGUAAAACUAAUACGCCAAGAAAAAUCAAACUUCAAGUAGCUCAUACGAUUAUUGGCAAUCUCACAAAACACAUCAGACACUUUGAAGAGAAAUUAUUUCAGUUUUCAAAAUCUGCGCUCAGACGUCUUUGUUUUCUGUCUUACGUUCUUCUUGAACAUAAACAAUCCGAGGAAAAGAAUAAUAAAAGAUUGGUUAAAGGAGACUGAAAAUAUGGCCAAGGUUGCCAAGAGCCGCAAAGGUCAACUACCUUCCAAGUCUUACGUUCCAACGGAGUUAGACUUUGCCCCAGAUCCCGUAGUUUUGGCCGAAUCUGGCCUUGUCUGCCUAGACUUUGGCUCUUGGACAUGGGUGACCCGAAAUGUCUUGGAUUUUGUCAAAGAAAAGGCCUGGCCUUUGCCCUCUAUGACCUUCUUGUACAACACGCAAAGUGGAGAAUUUGUAUCCAGGGUGUUCAAUCGACUCGUUGAAUCGGGACAAAUCUUCGAAGGUCAAGUUCUUCAAGCGAAAUGUCAGACUUUCUUUCAAAGUGAUUAUCCUUGUUUGGGCAUGAACUACUACGAAUCCGAAGAAUUCCCACAUCAUUUAAAGUUUGCGACGGAUUGCCAAAAAGUUAUUCAUCUAAACAAUGCUCCUGGUACUCUAGAGGGGUUGAUUUGUGCACAAUGUCACCUGAAACAAGCCUCAAACGACGAACUGGACAUCAAAAUCAAACCCGAAAGUGAGACCACAGACGAUAUCUUAGCUGACGCCGAAGAGAUCUUUGAGACAGAAACCCCGACCCAAAACUCUCCCAUUUUGAAAACAGCUAAAAGGAAGAAGAAGGGGCCUUCGAGAACGUCAAAAGUGAAGGUUGAAUAUGGUGGUAAAGAGGGCCUCGUAUUGAAAACCAAAGAUUUUGGAGGUUCGGCGCCGUUGAGAAAAUCAUUACGAUCCCAAAAGCGUCGUCAAAUGUGGUCUCAACCUGACUCCGAUCCUCCGGAAAACGUAGAGGGUUGCGAUUCUGGGUCUGAUUUUGAACCAGAUUCUGGAUCGAAGAAAUCCAGGAGGGUAUAUGUGCCAUCAAGUCCCAAAGUUUCGAGAAUUAAGGGUGAAAUUCCCAUGGAACUAUCGAACCCUAAACUUUAUGAAAUCGAUUGGGAUGGCGAAGAAAUUAUUGUAGAGGGAAACGUCGACCAGGACAAGCUAUGGGAUUGUCCCAUAUGUCAUAAAAGUAUUAGAGGCAAGAAUCGAACGAUGCAUUUGAAAACACACUUGUUGUACCACACUCUGUGCCAGGCCUGUGGCAAGGCCCAUCUUUGUGCCAAGAAAUUGUGGGAUCAUUUUGAAGCAGAACACCACGAAUCGGAAGUUUGGCAUGUCACGUGUGCCAUAUGCUCAGAAACCAUAGAUAUCAAGGAAUCCCGAAAUAGCCUUCGGAGCCAUUGGGCAUCAUGUAUUAGUCGAAAUGAUGGAGAUCAUCCCGACAAUCCAGAUUCAUCCAUGUCAAUCCGAACCCGCAAAACCACUCCUCUCGAGCUCUAUUUGCCAUCAAGUUACUUGGUUGAGUACGAAGGUCAGACCUUCACUCUGGAGGGCAAAGUUCCACGUAAUCAAACGUGGACCUGUCCAUUGUGCUCAUUCCAAGUCAAAGGAGCGGAUAAGGCUAAGCAUUUGAAGCAUCAUGGGAAAUUUCGCAUCAGUUGCGAAAUAUGUUGCCUCGCACAUUAUUGCCCACUCAAGCUUUGGGAUCAUUGGCAUGACCUCCAUCCCGAGCACACGAUUUGGAAGGGUAAAUGCUCGGUGUGCUUGGACGUUAUCGACUUCAAAGACUCACGAACUAAGCUUCAAGACCACUUUGUGUCCUGUUUCCAGGCGUCUUUGGAAGUUGGAAAAGAUAAACCGAAACCCGCGCCCAAAAUUGAGCCCAAUUCUGAUGCUGCUCGACCAAGCCGAUUGAUCCGAAGGGCUCAAACAUUCAGGGGUACCACUCCCAAGCAUUUGUUUCAUCCUCCCACAUUUGUGGUAGAGUGGGAGGGAAGGGAUCUUGUUUUGCCGGGAUAUGUGGGACCUGAAGAGGCGUGGGUAUGUCCUAUGUGCUCCACAGAAAUGCUCGGCAAGCAAAGAAUGACACAUUUGAGGAUCCAUUUCUUCUUCCGAAUGGGAUGCGAAAUCUGUCGAUUGUUCCAUUUGUGCCCCAAAAAGCUUUGGGAUCACUACAAAGAGAAACACACAGACCAAGAGAUCUGGCAAGCCUUGUGUCUAGUCUGUGCCGAACUCGUCGAUAUCCGCGAAUCAAGAGAAGCCUUCCGAGAUCAUCUUCUGAAUUGCAUGAGAGCCCCGGUCAUGGCCAAAAAGGAAUUUGGCAAUGUGGUGACAGAUCCUCAUCCUGACAAGCAAGUCCUGUCUCGUGUUCCACAACAUCUUUUCGUGCCCAACAGCUUUGAAGUGGAGUGGUUGGGACAAACUCUCACCAUCCCUGGCAAACUCUCGGGUAAAGGCAAGUGGACUUGCCCCUUAUGCCGAGAGACCAUACUGACCUCGCGAAAUUGUCACUUACGAAAGCACAACUUGAUUCGAAUUGCUUGUGGGAUCUGUGGUUUGUUCCACAUGUGUUCGUACAAACUUUGGGAUCAUUACAAUACCCUUCAUUCAGAGAGUGAAAAGUGGCCAUGCAAAUGUCCGGUUUGCUCUGAAGUCUUGGAUAUUAAGGAGUCUAGGAACAAAUGCCGUGACCACGUGGUUAACUGCUUUGUCCGGACAAAACGGGAGAAGUACAAAGCGAAUAACUUGACCAAUAAAUCUGGCACAAUCAUUGUUUGCGAAACGUGUGGAAAGAUUUUCAAGAACAAACGUCUCAUGGAGCGUCAUGUUCUAAAAAUUCAUCAAGAUAAAAAAUUGACCUCGAAGUGUGAAGUUUGCGCUAUUGAAUUAAGUGAUAGCAAGCUUCGGAGACACAUGAGAAACGUGCAUUUAGCCGCACGAUUUGAAUGUCCCAUGUGCUUCAAAGUCGAAAAAUUUGCCCGUGUCUUUUGGGAACAUUUGAGAGACAACCACUUGGACCGGGUCACAGAAUUCCCAUGUCCAUCUUGUAAGCAAGUAUUCCCAAUCAACCAGGACGAUGGACCAAAUUUUCCCGUUCAUCAAGAAGAGUGUCUUCGUCAACAUCUGAACCAACUCAAAGAUGCCGAAAAGCAGAGACUCUUGGCCAAACCCCUGAAUUAUCCUUGCCCAAUAUGCCCCAAAAGAUUCCAGACCCAAUAUAUGGCUAAUUCCCACAUGAGGGGGCACAAAGAGGCCGGACAAUUCUGCAACCUUUGCCGCUACAAGACCCACUCUCCAGCCCAUUUAAGGGCCCAUAUCAACCGGGUCCAUGGGCAGAAUUCUAAUGGGAUGAAAUGUGAAUUUUGCAACGAAAAGUUCAAGACUCAGCCCUCGUUGGAGUACCACUUAAGCUCAGCCCACGGGGUCAAAUCUGAGUACCCUUGUGACCAAUGCCUUCUGAAAUUGCCCACAAAAGUGCAAUUAAGGAAGCACCAAAAGAACGCUCAUCGGGGCGUGGAUUUCAAGUGCAGUGUUUGUCAGAGCUCUUUCCCAGAUAGGGAAUCAUGUGAGAACCACACAAUGGCCUCCCAUUAUCAAGCCCAUGCCCGAUUUCAGUGCACCGCGUGUCAAGAAGUCUUGAAGUCGAAGGAAGAACUAACUCAUCACAUGAAUACUCUCCAUGGGUAUCAGCUUCCUGUGGAAAAUCAUUCGACGUUACCGCACACUUUCAGUGAUACCCAACCGGAAUUAGUGGAUCUUGUGGGGGACGCAAGAAGUCAUAAACUAACCCCGGGUUACUCGGAUGCAGAUCCGAACCUGUCAUUUUCAAUUCAGGGGCUGUCUGGAACCUUGAGCGGCCAAACUAUCGUAGUCAAUAUGGAUGACCCCACGAAUUCAUUUCACAUGAAUGUUUAGUCGUUCAUCCAACAAUGUUCGCUCAAUUCUGACAUUGCUAUUGGAUUAUUUUCAAAAAUUAAAAUGUUUCUAUAUAGCGAU